AUGGUGCUCCCCUUCGGCUACUCUGAGAUCAUCCUCGCAGCAAUCUGCUACUACUGUCUCUCUGUUUUCCGGCAACGGCACGCGAUGAUAUUUGAGUGGCCGUUGGUAGGGAUGCUUCCAGCACUGCUCCGUCGUGUCAGCAGGAUCCACGACCUGUGUAUCCAUGUUCUCAGCCGCACCGGCGGCACUUUCUUGGUCAAAGGUCCAAGGUUCCUUCACAUGGACAUGUUGGGCACCGUUGAUCCCGCCGAUAUCCACCACAUCAUGAGCUCCAACUUCUUGAAUUUCCCAAAAGGCGAAGAGUUUAAAGAGAUUUUUGAACUUCUUGGAGAUGGGAUUUUCAAUUCCGAUUACGAGUUGUGGAAGAGCCACCGGAAACUUAUCAAUGCUUUGAUUAGCAAUAUGAAUUUUCUACGAUUCAUUGCUAAGAUGAACAGGGAGAAAGUUGCUAAAGGCUUGAUUCCGGUUCUUGACUAUGUGGCGUCAACAGGGGUUGUGGUCGACAUCCAAGAUGUGUUUCAAAGACUAACCUUUGACACUACUUGCAUGUUCGUAACUGGAUACGACCCUGGUUGCUUAUCUGUUGAUUUCAAAGAUGUGCCAUUCUCGAGAGCCAUGGAUGAAGCUGAAGAAGCAAUCUUCUCACGUCACAUCCUUCCAAAAAACGUGUGGAAGCUACAAAGGUGGUUGGGGAUUGGGAAGGAGAAGAAACUGAAGGAGGCACGGGAAACCUUAGAUGAUGUGAUAAGAGGUCUCAUUUCAAGAAAAAGGAAAGACUUGAGGGAAGGAAUCGUGUCAAAAGAUGACUCAAAGGGUAUCGACAUAUUGACUUCAUUGAUAACGUGCGAGCCUGAAUGCUUCGGGAGGGACACAACAAGCUCAUCCCUAACAUGGUUCCUUUGGCUCGUUAUCACCCACCCAAACGUCGAGAAAAAGAUUCGAGAGGAGAUAAAUGCGAAUAUUAUCCCAACUUCUGAAAUGGAAAGUUUUAAACUUUUUGAAACAGAGGAAACUAACAAGUUGGUUUAUCUACAUGCGGCGUUUUGCGAAGCCUUAAGGCUAUACCCGCCUGUUCCAUUUCAGCACAAGGCUCCGGUUCAACCUGAUGUUCUUCCUAGUGGCCAUCGUGUCUAUCCCAAUAUGAAGAUUAUGUUUUCUUUGUAUGCAAUGGGGAGAAUGAAAACCAUUUGGGGGGACGAUAGCUGGGAGUUCAAACCGGAGAGAUGGAUCUCCGACAAGCAGAUGAUAAGGCAUGAGCCGUCGUACAAAUUCUUGUCGUUCAACGCUGGCCCAAGGACUUGCAUCGGGAAACAUGUUGCAUUCACUCAAAUAAAGGCUGUAGGUGCGACCAUUUUGCACAAUUACGAGUUCGAAAUGGAGGAAGGUCACGUAGUGGCUCCUAAUGUUUCAGUCAUUCUUUACAUGAAACAUGGACUCAAGGUUAGGGUCGCAUGUAGAUGGGGUUGACGUCGUGGAAAUAAUAAUGAUAAUAAUAAGAAUAAUACCACCGUGUCAAAAAAUGAGUAAAAGAACAUAUGGUGUUUUCCUUAGUAUUUUUGGAAAAAAUGUGGCUUUUAUUAUAAAGAUUGAAAUAAGUUGGUUUAAAAACUCAACCGGAGAUAGUUUAUAUGAUUUUAUGGUUUGGUGAGUAUAAAAGUGUGCAACCCCUAGAAGGUUUUAUAUGUACCAUGUAUAUCAUAGUAGU